AUGCCAUUUUUAAUUUCACGUAUCUCACAAAUUUAUACUGAAAGGCAAGCCAGAUUGGAAGCACUGCAAAAUGACAGUCAACAAAUCAGUUCACUUCCAUCGUCGUCAUCUUCUCUCAACGCCCAUACUGUCGAUAACUCUAGAAAUAAGUCUCAUUCUGUAAAGAAAAUGAAUAUAAUUUCUCGUGUUCAAAAAAUAUAUGCAGAUCGGCAAGCCAGACUGAAUGCUUUGCAAAUUCAAUCUCGGCAACCUGAUACAGUAUCUGAACCAUCUCCUUCCAUACCAAAUCAAGAACUAACUACUAUUGAAAGUUCCAGAACUUCUACCGGAUCAACAAUCGUAUCAGAUGAAGGUCCUGGAACUCGAACUAAUUCUGAUUUUGAGCCAUUUUCCAUCAUUCGAAAUACAGAACCGACAAGAGUGAUUGUGUCAGAAACUAGUCCGGAGACCGAGUUCGAACCUGCAAACAAACAUCAUCACUUUGGAAUUCUGCAUUACAUCGUAAACAACCGGUUUCGUAAAAUAAUGCUGACACCCGCAUGGCUACCUUCCAUAUGGCCUUUAUAUUUGGUGUAUUCAUUCAAUGCAGUAGUUACAAAAUCUGGAACCGUGACACUUCCACCAUUUAAUUCUCAAUUAUUCGGAGACUAUUACAUUUGCAUGACUCUGCAGGACCAUGGACCACUAGACACGUUCAGAAUGGUCAACUUAGCGUGGUAUAAUGAGAAAUCCUCAACAUCAGAUUCGUUUGAAGAGAAUGUUACAUCUCAUGCUCAUUAUGGAGACACCACGUAUAUCAGAAAAGGUCCGUACCCAUUGGAUGCUGUCCCUUACCAUAUGACACUUGGAUUUGAGUACUCAGAAGACAAAAGCAACAUUCUUCAGAUCAGAAUAUACAGUGUGAAAUCGGUGGACGUCUGGGUUCCUUAUGAUGGUUACAGCGCCAUCGACUACUGGGUUGCACCUGCAAACUGA